GAGAGCGCGCGGGGAGGGGGAUGGACGGCCCCUCUAGCCCGCCUCACAGGGUUCAACUCUACUACCUUUGUUUACAAUUGCUUCCUCUGAUCGGACGACGUCGGUCUACUCUGGCACAGAUAAAUUAGUGAAAAUGAGUGUGUUGAGGAGGCUUGUGGCGAGAUAAAUGACAUCGAGGAGCCCUCGGGAUCAGCUGCAACAGUAUGCUCGGAGGAGGGUCGCGUCACCGACCACGUAGCGGAGUUGAGAAUGUGAAGAGAGGUUUUACCCUGUCGCAGUUUGGCUUUGGACUAUUUCCAGAUGAGUGAGAUUGUAAACAGUUUGUGGUUUUUAAAGAAAACUGAUAAUAUCAGCUGUGGCUGAAUUAUGAGUUAUGCACCAGUCUUCUGGGAAAUGUUUGCAAGUCUCCUGACAUGAGCUGAGUGUUGUGCAGACCCCUCCUUCCCCUUCCCACCAUCAUGGACAAGAUUGUGUACAGCAUUAUACACAUGCCAAACCAAUCAGACCAUGUCAAAAGAGCACUGCUAGCUAAAUUGGUCCAUACCCCCAAUUUAAAGACCACCAGAACCUUAGAGAAAGUGGAUGUAAUAUCUAUUUUUGACACGUGUGUGGAGAUCUUAACUCUGUCUGAAAAUGAGGGUACUGCUCAGCUUGCAGUGUUUGCCUUCAGCAACUGGGCUGGGCAGUACAAGUCCUACCUGAGAGAUUAUAUCACACCAGAACGAGUGACCAAUAUUCUCUCAAGUCAGAAUAAUGUCACUUUGCUCCUUGUGUGGUUGAAGGAAGCACUCUGUCAUUUAACUGAAGAUGCAGAUGUUCUAUGCACCUUGACUCAAGUCCUGGAAGGGGUUUUGCAAAACAAGCUACGGGAGAGUGGAGGCAGUUCUGCGUUUGUUGCCAAGCUUGCCGAUGUGUACGCAGUGUGUCCCGCACUUCUUCCGCAGCCACACACCCGUCUCACCUUUACUGUCACACUCAUGAACUGCGUUGCUUCAUUUCCAACACCAACAAAAACAGAAGUGUUAGGCCACAUGAAGAGUGUAGGUGGCCUGGUCAACACCCUGUGGAAUGGCCUACGACUUGAAGACAUCUUGUACUCCCUUAAUGCCAUGUACGCCAUUAUUUCCAACACUGACAGUGGAUGGGAAGUAUGUCCUGCCAUGGCACACCUGCUCUCUCUAGUUCCUACUGUUGUGGUAGAGGCUCUUGCUCCUCGAAUUGUGUCGGAUCCCACAACCACCGAUGCUGCUUUGACUGCAACUUUGACACGCCUUACUGCCUGGUUGGUGACGUGGCCCACCGCUCACGUAACGUUAGGCUUGUGGGUCCGCACCCUGGUUAAGCUGUUGUAUCAGAGUGGACGCUCGUCUGUGCCCGCACGUGUUACCCUGGAUGGAGUACCAAAGUUGAUGAAUGCUCUGCAAAUCCCUGUGGUUCGCAAUGGGAUUGUGUCUGUGAUAUCAACACUUCUAUUAUCAUUUCAGCACUCGCCAAUAGCUUUUCAUAAGAUCAUUCCAUUGGUCAUUGAUGUGUUUAACCGCCUCGAGAGAGAGGGGUCACAGUCCGCAACGUCAACACUGAGUCGCUUGGCCACCCUCGGCCACUCCCUCAUGGCCUUGCAUCCAGGUCACCCAGACACUUACCAGCCACUUAUGGAUAUUCUUAUGAAAUACCAGUCUCCGUCCGAAGAAGACAUUGAAGGCUUGAUCCAAGAGCACCGAUGGGCCGUGGCGGAGGGUGGAGCACGAGGGAUUGGUACACACCAGUAUGGGGUGGGUGUGGCUGCCGAGACGCGCACAGUAUACCAGCAGAGACCGGCAAGCCAGAGAGUGGGCCUUCGUAACUUGGGAAACACAUGCUACAUGAAUUCUGUUAUACAGGCCUUGUUUAUGACAGACAGCUUUCGUCAUGGUAUCCUGCAUGCUGUACCACGGAGCAACCAGCAGCUUUUGGUGCAGCUGCAGCAGCUGUUCAGUUUGCUGUGUUUCACCCAUCGCACGUAUGUGGCUCCUCGUCAGUUUCACGACAAGUCUCGACCCCCAUGGUUCAAUCCAGGCAUGCAGCAAGAUUGUUCUGAAUAUCUUAGGCACUUAAUGAUUACCUUACAUGAAGAGGAACGAGCUGGCCAGACCCUUCCCGAGUACCGUGAGAGAGUGAUCAUUGAGAGUGAGACUGCUAGCUUGGCCUCUGACCUCCAGCCUCUACCUUAUGACUCGGCAACGGAAGAUUUUGCCGAUGCAGAGCAAACAUUGAAACUUGGGGCAUGUGUUGAAAGUCAAGAUGUGUUUGUUGGUAGAGACGUAGAUAGGCAUGUGGGUCCAAUGAAAGUUACUCAGAAUAUGGACAAUAAAAAAUUUGAUGUUGCUAUUCACGUAAGACAAUUUAAAGAAUAUUUGGAAGGAGAACCAAUGGAAGGAGUUCAUCAAAUUGAAACAAAAACUCUCAGUGCACAGUCUAGUAAAACUGAAAUAUUGUUAGAACCUAAUGAUGUAGAUAUGACAGAUGAAACCAGUGACGUAGUGAAGUCUGUUCAAGAAACAAGUGAUCUGAUUAUUGAAAAUGUAACCGAAAACAAAAAUACUGUGAAUGCUGCAACAGGUCAAUCAGAGGCAGUUGAGAUGGAUCUUCUCCCAGAAAAUGGCUCCAAAGCAGGCAACUAUAAACGUAAACAUAAUAUGACACCCGAAGGAGUCCACAGACAGAUGUUAAAAUCUCCCAAGGGUGACGUAACAUCAGACAUUGACAAUAGCUCAGACAGUGGUAUUAGUGGUGACUUGGCUGAAGAUAUUGAGUUGCAUAUAAGCAGUCCCAAUCCAAACAGCCCCUGCCCGAAGAUGUUUGCAAGCAACAGAGGUUUAACAAUUGAGGAAGUGGUAACAGAAACUUGUAACAAUGAGGAUUCUGAAAAUGAAUAUUUUGUUAGUCUGGUUCACAAAGUAUUUGGUGGAAAGUUAGCAACUUGUAUCAAGUGUCUACAGUGUAAAACUGAAUCUAUACACAAAGAUGUCUUCACAGAUAUUCACUUAGCAUUCCAAGAUUCAGACCGUUUUAACGCUGAUGGUGCUCCAAGACGAAAUCCAGAUAGACUGUGCAAGCAAAAGCAUCAAGAAAACCCAACUGAUCUGAGCAUAGAGGACUUGAUAACCAGUUACCUUACCUCGGAGAGAUUAACUGGAGAGAAUCAGUAUGAAUGUGAGAGGUGUGGGGGAAAGCAGGAUGCAGAACGCUCCAUUCAGAUACUCGAGCCGCCAGAACACCUGAUUCUUACUCAACUACGGUUUUACUACGACACUGCCAGAGGCCAACGACAAAAAGUAUUUACCAAUGUGGAAUUUGGAGAAGAACUUCUGUUGCCAAUAAGGUACUCCACACAGGGCUUGCUGCGUGAUAAUUUAUCCAUUGGGUGUGAAGAAGGAUCUGACAGAGAUGUUGUGGCUGUAACUCUGGUGUCUCCAAGUGGGGAGGAGAGCAAGAGGCCCACUGAAGAAUUUUCAGAGGCCACUAGUGGACAUUGUAGCAACUUGUCUAGUAGGCAUAAUUCACAGGUUAGUUGCAGCAUACCAGUUAGAACAAAUCCAGAGUCAAGUUCUAGCACUUCUAGUGAAAGCAAUUCAUAUUGUUGUGACAAUACAGCAUGUAAAAAUAAUUCUCAAGUAAGUUCUAGUGUAAAUAAUGCGAAUAGUGAAAAAGCCUCUUGUAGUUCUUAUAACAAAAAUUGUUCACAGUCAAGUGGGAGUGGAGAAGAGGUUAGCAGCAGCACUUCAGAGGCAGCCUGCAGCAAUGUUGAGGGUGGCUGUAGUGGUUCCCAAGACAUGUGCAGCUCUCCACAUCCAAAACAUUCUUAUGAGUCUCAGGCAAGCUGUAGUUAUAUGCAGAUUGUCAGCAGCAGUGACCAGGCAUGUUGUAGCACUUCUCAGGAGCAUUUUUCAAUUUCAGAGAAAGAGGAAAACAUUUCGGAGGCUUGCACAAGCACUCAGAAUAUGAAUUGUAGCUCACAAGCCACUUCCAGCACUCAUGAAGGUGCCAGCAGAAACUCGCAUGACACUAACAAAUGGUAUAGUUCAUGGUCUAGAGACAUUUGUGAUGAUGAAAACAGUUCACAUAAAAUUAGCAGCUCGUACAACAAUUCACAGCCAAGCUGUAGUUACUCUGCAGAUGUCAUUUCUGAGGCUAGUUGCAGCUUCUCUAAUAGCAGCUCAAGAAGCAGCUUUGUUCAGACUGUUGUAGAUGAUACACACUUGUCUGGUGAUACCACUUUACAGCAUACACAUCAACUCUCCAGCCAGCCAAGUCCUCAACCAAGUUGUAGUUAUGUGCCCAAUACAAGUCUAGAGAAAGAAGUUCCUAUAGAAUAUCCAGCCAGCUCAGGAUCAUCAGAUUGUAUGACCCCUAAAGAUGACUGUGAUGAAGAGCAAGAAGUGAUGUAUGCACGAUACGCAUUAUAUGGAGUGGUGGUGCACUCAGGUUUCUCGUCAGAAGGUGGACACUACUACUGCUAUGCUCGCAACUCCUCAAUUGCCUCCUUGCCAGAGUCGGCUAGAGAAAGGUAUGGGGCACUGGGUGGCUGGUACAACUUCAAUGACGAGAGAGUGACCAACACCACCUUUUCUACCAUAUGCAACCUCACUAAAACAUUCAGUCGGGACACUGCAUACCAAUUGUUUUACAAAAAGCUAAGUGAUUGUCUAACUCCUGAUGUUCCACUGAUGGAAGACUUUAAAUCUCUGCGUUUUGACCUGCGAGAAGCUGUCGAGAGUGAUAACCUCCAGUAUCGCAGCGAGCAGGAUCGCGAAGCUCAAAGACGGAGGUAUCAGGUGUCGAGCGGGACGAACUUCUCCCAUGACUCGGAUCAUGAUGAUACUCCUCCUCCUGGUGGUUGUGGGGUUGGUCCAGGGGGAGGAGGGUUUAACACCCCCUCCAGAGUUGUCUUUUGAGGACUGCCAUGUAAUCUUUGGCAGCAAACAGCCAUGGUAUGGAAUUAAACAUGUUGAACAUGGCUAGGUUAUAUAUGAAGGAACAAAGUGGAGUGUCAAGAGCUGUUAUGUUAAGUGGCACAUAUUAAGUCCAAUUUGUUUUAGAAUAGGACUUGUGUAAUGGAAAAACAGCCCCAGCAUCUGGGAGCUUAGGAUGAUAUACUUCAUUGAACCUUCAUAUAAUACUGAAGAAAUUUUAAGUCUCUAUAGGUGCAAUUUGUCAUGGUACUGUACGUUAUUAUUUUUGGGAGAUGCGUAGCACAGCAGAUUGAAGAGGCACUCGUCAUAAUUAAUGCUUAUCAGUCCCCAUUGUAGACAUAACAAAUGAACAUUGUGUAAUUAUGAUGACUAAUGUUAAUUGAAGAUUUGUUCCUCUUACUCUUAAUUUUAAGCCUCAGUUGGUGGAGGUGCAUUAAGCUGCAGACGAUAAAAGCAGUGUUAUGUUGUAGUGUGUUGGAUGGUGACGUUAUUUUGUCUACUUGGGAAGAGGUUUCAGUUUUCCUGCAUGUACUUAAUAUUUAUUGGAAACACAAGUUAAAUUGUUGAAUAUUGAUUCAGAAUCUAAGGUAUGUGCACUUGAACAAUUAUAUUUACGUUAAUGUCAUGGCAUUUAAAGUGCAUGACGUUUACAUGUAAUAUAGGAAAAUUGAGGUAUAUUUUGUGUUAUGUAGAUUUAUACGUAUUGGUUGCACAGGUUCAUAUAAUUACAAUAUAAUAUAAUUGUAAUGUAAUUUUUUUCAUCAUCUCAUAGGGGAAGGUUUUCUUGAAUCUGCACAGUGAAUUACAAUGACACCUUUGCUUCAUAUAGAUAUGGUGUGUGUGGGGUGAAAAUGAGCCAGAGAGAGAGAGAGAGUCAAUACUUGUGAACACUGGAGUAGAGUUAUCCGCAUGGUGCGCCUGCCUUCUUUAUUUAAUUACAAUGGGGGAAUACCUGGCAUUGCUCAGGGGAAGGACAUCUCAUCUUUAGUACGUACCAUCAUCUUCACUACUCACUAUCUUCUUCACUGUAACCAUCUUCCCUACACACUUCUACACAAACACUACACACCUUCCUUAUUCUUCACCACCUAACUUGCCCAUCACCGCCCUGAUAUGUUUGGCCAGACUAGCCCUAGGUGUCUGACCCCCAACAACCUCGAACACACACACACACACACACACACAUUAUAUUAUAUUAUAUUAUAUUAUAUUAUAUUAUAUUAUAUUAUAUUAU